GACAAAUCAAACAAUCGGAAAAAACAAGUGCAAUCCUCUGACAUUAGCGGCAACACUGUGGAUGCCAUGCAGCCGGUGAACCUUGAGAAGAGCGCGAAGGCUGUGGAUGAGGCGUUGGCCACUGCUGCAGAACAUCUGGACAUGCUGGAGUACUUACACCAGACUUUAAAUGCAGGCUUGGCAGAGCAAGUGAAGACUGAGCAAGCCCGACUAAAGAUGGAGAUCUCCCAGGCCGCUGACAGGGCGAUGCGCACCACCCAGAAGUGGCGAAACAUGCAGCUGAGUAAGCUCAGUGGACUGGAUGUUCACUUCACCAGCACACAUGCCGAACUUUGCAAAGUCAAAGCGAGGAUGGACGUUCUGGACAACGCCGUGCAGAAAGCCAAGAAUGUCCAAAGCGUGCCCCUCCUGAAACAUUACAGCGACUUGGACAAGAUUUUGGAGACUCUGCAGGCCCCCAUAGACAAGGAGUCCUUCAACAUGAAGUGCAUCACCAUGGGCUGUGGAAUGAGUGUUAUGUUCAAGUCCAAGUGGGGGAACCAGAGUGUGGACCUGUUUCUGAAGAUGGACACAGGCAAGCCAAACAGCCUGUCUGUGGUGCCACCCCGCCUCCAGCAACAAAGCAGUGAGCUGGCCCAACAGCCUCCCGGGCAGGCUCAUGGUCAGUCAUUAGCCAGCAGCUACGGCCACCACAGCCACGGCAGAGCCAAGAGCCCGCUGAGGAGCACGAAUCAGAGGAUAAGCCCGAGCAGGAGCCCGGCUUCUCGCUGCCGCUCUCCGCCCCCGACUCGUGGCAGCAUCUGCUACAACUCCAAGGCAUCCUCUCAAGUUGACGCCAUCCAUGACAUCAUCGUUGAGGAUUUCACAGAGACGCAGAAUCAACAUGUUUCUGCAGGUGCCCCUCCCACUGGUCCUGAAUUGGCCAAAGAUAAGCGAAGGUCACGCAGGAGAGGAAGCUCGCAUUUGUCCGAGCAGACGAAAAAUGUUGCUCAAAAGGUGGUUGUGACUCAUGUGGUCAACCCCACUCACUUCUAUGUGCGCUAUGCGGCCAAGAAGCGAGAGAGUGACAUCCUGUCCAAGGAGAUCAACACCUUCUGCACACUGGACGCCAGUUGCUUCUCCACUGCCGACAACGUGCAAAACGGCUCCAUACUCUUGGCAAAAGGAAAAGAGGGUCUCUGGUGCCGCACCAGCGUGCUGUCGGUCUUUCAAAACGGCCAUGACAGCAGCGUGGAAAGCUGUCCAGUCGACCAACUCGGCCACAUCCGCAUCUUCUUUAUUGACUACGGCUACACCAAGAGCUUGGCCAUCGAGAGGGAUGUCUCGAACACAGUGUCGUCGGUGAACAACCACCUGAGGAAGAUAAACCCAGAGCUGGUUCGCUUUGCUCCUCAGGCCGUCCGAUGUUCCCUCAAGGGCCUGGUCCCCUACGACCUGUCAAAGGGCUGGAGCAAGCAGGCUCAGAGGGCCUUCUGUGAAGUGGUUGGUUCCGCCGUGGUGGAAAUGAGUUCCUUUGGUCAAGACAGAGACUCCUUGCUGGUAGACCUCAGCAAAGAUCCCGUGGGACCAUCCAACGACGUUCCCAUCUCCAUCCGGGACUAUCUGGUGUUCAUUGAAGUGGCCAGGUAUUAUUAUCCGGUGAAGCCGAGCAGGAGGCCGUUGAAGUACUACUCGGCUGUCGUACCCAAAAUCAACGUGGAGCACAACGCAGUGGUGACGCACGUCAACAGCCCUGAUGACUUCUACAUUCAGCUGCAGAGUGACAACAUGGAGUCCUUGUUGCUAAAAGCCAAGCUUCAGGAGUGCUACAACGACAAGAAUGCAGAAGAGAGCCUGCUGCUUUACUGUCCCGUCAUCGGACAGGCCUGCGUUGCCCGCUUUGACGAAAACAUGUGGCACAGAGCCGAGGUCAUAGGUAAUCCAGGGUACAGAAAGGUGGACGUGUUCUACAUUGAUUUAGGAUUUAUGACAACGGUGUUGGUCAGCGACUUGAGGAAGAUAAAGGAUGAGUUCUUCUCCCUGCCGGCAUUGGCCAUCCAGUGCUGCUUGUCGGAUGUGCUUCCUCUGGCAGGAGAGACGUGGAGCGACGCCUGUGUGAAACGCUUCACCAGCCUGACUCAUGGAAAAUUAUUCACCAUUGGGGUUACAGUAAAAUCGUCAAAGAAAACACCCCUACCGGUCAAGCUGCUUGAGAGCAGCCCAACUGACUCGCCCACCAACAUAGCUGAAGUGCUAAUUCAAGAGCAGUUGGUGUGCUCCAAAACUGGGUUUAAGACCAACAUGGUCUCCGAUGACGCCUUGUGGGACUCGCCGCUUGAGCUGAAUGGUCUCAGGCCUUUGGAGCUAAACGCUGACGCAGUGGUGGAGUUCCAGCCUCGGCUCAACCUCCCCGGCAGCCUGAAGGACGCCAAAGUGCGAGUGAGCCACAUCAACUCACCCAGCAGCUUCUACGUCCAGUUUGUCAACGACGACUCUCAACUUAAAAGGCUCAAUGAGCUUCUGAAGAAGGAGUGUGAGCUCGCAAAGCUUCAGGACGUGGUGUGGACGUCAAACAUGUUCUGUGCUGCUCGCGUCAACCAAAUUUGGGAAAGAGGACUGAUCUGCUCCGACGUCUCGUCCGAUGACAUAGCAGAGGUGAUGCGCUGUGACCAUGGCAACAAGGUGAAGCUGCACGUAAGCAACCUGCAGCCACUGCCGGCUUCAUUGGAGGGUUCUUUUGCUCUGGAGUGCUCGUUGACGGACAUCAAGCCAGCAGGGGGCCAACCCACCUGGACCGCCACUGCCUGUGAUUUCAUGCACUGCAACCUGUCAGGAGCCUCAGGUCUCAUCACCAUCCAGGAGCUGACGGAUGAGCGUCCUGUAGCCGUCACAUUGAUGUGUACCAACAAGACUGGAGAGUUCGUCAAUGUCUCCGACUAUCUGGCCUACGAGGGUCUCGCCCUCAGGGAGAGGAAGCCCGUUGAGCUCUCUGUUCCUCCCGAAAAGCCAAAUGAAACUGAUGCUCAUUCUUGUGACGCCAACAUACAAGCCGAGACUCCUACACAGGCAGCUCCUCCGUUGCCGGCGUACAUUUCAAAACUUCAUUUCCCCAGACCCGCCCCCCGCACAAUCAGGGCCGUUGAGAAGGUGCAAACAGAUCUGUAUAAAACACCAGAGCUUCCACAACUGGGCCACAACCACAUGACCAUUUCUGCCGUCAGUGAGGACGGACUCAUCUAUGCCAGAACUGACACUGCAGAAUGUCAUUUGGAGAAUCUAAAGAAGAAGAUCCAUCAGAGAAUGAAGACGCUGCCCAAUCAGAAGCUGUACACCUGGAAGACUGUAAAGGGAUGCUCUGUCAUUGGACCCGACAUGCUGUGGUACCGGGGCCAGCUGCUGGAGGUCUUGGGAGGACAUGUCAAGGUCCAAUACGUGGACUACGGCCUGGUGGAGAACAUUCCGGUCGUCCACGUGUACCCCCGCCUACUGUGCGAAGACAUACCGCAACUCUGCGUGGCCUGUCAGCUCCACGCCACCAACCCUAUCGGCAGGAUUUGGCAUCAGGAUGCCAUAGAACUUCUCAACGAGAUGCUCUUGGAUCGCCGUGUGGACGUCAACGUCUUGAUGCUGCCGACUGACCCCAGGCAACCACUCACGGUUGAAAUCUUCUUGGAUGGACUGAGCCUCAGCACCAUCUUGUGCCACCACAAACACGCCCUGUUUGACCAGACCACACCACCGGCACCUCCUCUGCCUCCUGUGCCCAUUUUGGACAUCUGGGACAUCGACACAGAGGGUCUGCUUGGCCCACGGGAAGUGAUGUUGGGCCCCUUCACGAAGCCCGAUUUGCCCGAGGUGGGUGAGCAUUUGAACGUCCACGUGAGGCACCUGCAGACUCCCAACAAGGUCUUUCUGUUUUGCGAGGACAUGGCCCACGAAACGGUGGACGGGGAAACACUGCAAGAGUGCAUGACACGGAUUAAUGCUGAUGUUCUCAGUCUUCUGCCGCUUACCAGCUUCCCUCUUGGCGGCCCAUGCCUGGCGGAGUACAGCGACGGCAACUACUACCGAGCCAAGAUACUGGAAAUCAUCAGCGCCGAACCAGUCCGGAUCCUCAUCCAACACAUGGACUUUGGCUCCAACGACACCGUGCCCAGCAACUUGUUGCGGCAGAUGCCGGCCGAGCUGCUGCGCUUCCCGUUGCAGGCGUUGAAGGUGCACGUGGCGGGCUUCAAGGCUCCCAACAUACAAACGGAGGGCCAGGUGCUGCCCUACUGCCCGGAGUGGAGUGUCAAGGCCACACAGGCCAUGAUCCACCUGCUGCACGGAGACAUCAUAGCAGAGUUUAAGUAUGAUGACGCGUCCACUGAGCCGUCCGUGUUGCUGUACAACCAGGAGGGACAGGCAGUUUUCUUGCCUCUGCUGGCCAGCGGCUUGGCACAACUUGACUGAAGGUCCGCCACACAUGGUUUGGUUUAUGUUUUACCUUCAAGCUGUCAUGCGUUCGCCAAGGGAAAAAGUAGUUUGACUCUUGUUAUCACGUUCUCAAGAGUCCUUUUAAGUUGCCACUUUGUUUAUUUCAAUGUCAUUAAAGUGUGUUGUUCGUCAGUU